AUGGAGGACAUUAGAAAGAACCCUGAUGUCAAGGGGAAGGAGUUGAAUCAAAUUUUGUUUCAAAGAUAUGGAUUGUACAUGAAGCAAUCCACCUUGUACAAAAUGAAGCAGUAUGUCAUCAAUGAAAUAUUUGGUGGACAUGACAAGUCAUAUAGGAAGCUUCCAGCAUAUGUCAAGGUCAUGCAUGAAACAAAUCCCGAGUCAGCAGCGUUUUGUGCAUUGACUGACAUUGGACAUCCACAAAGGUCAUUGCAGUUUAGCUCUAUAUUUAUAUCCUUUGCUGCUCAGAUUAAGGGGUUUGUCGAUGGAUGUAGGUCCCUCAUAGGUGUGGAUGGCACCCAUCUAAAAGGAAACUAUGGAGGCAUUCUUCUUUCUGCUAUUGCCCUUGAUGGCAAUAAUGAGAUCUUCCCAAUAGCAUAUGCUAUUGUGAGUGUAGAAGACACACAGAAGUGGUCUUUUUUCUUCUGGCAUCUAUACAACUUGGUGAAGGAUUCUGGCAGGACUGACUGGACUAUAAUAUCCGACAGACAAAAGGGUGUGGAUAUAGCUUUAAAAGAUGUGUGGCCAUCUGCUAAUAGAAGAUAUUGCUGUAGACAUCUUAGUAGAAACUUCAAGAGAGUCUUUCCAGUGCCAUUGAUGUACAUUCUAUUUUGGAGAGCUGCCAAUGCCACAAAUCCUUACACAUUCAAGAAGGCAAUGGAGAGGCUAAGGAAAGAGGGAAAGACACCAGUCAUGAAGUGGUUUGCUGAGAUUGGAAAGCAAAACAAAUGGACUAAACACAAGUUUGAUUCUAGCAUCUGUUGUGACUCAAACACAAGCAAUUUGUUGUGGAGAGUUUCAACUCGACAUUGGGUGUGGACAGGUGCAUACAUGUUCUGA